UCUAGUAUAACCUUAAAUCUAGAAAAGCUAGAGACUCUUACAAAAAAAAGAACAUAUCGGUCUGAUCAUUUUCCACAAACCAUGAUGUCCUCAUCAUCAUCAUCUGCCACCGAUACUAUGACUAAGCCGUCGUCGUCGUCGUCUUUCCCGGUUGUUGAGUCUGUCACGUGCGACACGUGCGGUUUCGCCGAGGAGUGCACGCCGGCUUACAUCAACCGCGUCAAGGAACGCCACAGGGGACACUGGCUUUGUGGGCUCUGCGCGGAGGCUGUGAAAGACGAGGUGGUUCGAUCUCCCACAAGAAUCUCCGUCGAGGAAGCUCUUCGCCGCCACACAACGUUCUGCCACCAGUUCCGUUCAUGGAGCGCCGAGGAGGAGGAGGAAGAUCCUAUUGCUGUCAUUGGAAGGAUUCUACGGCGGAGCCUCGAUGGCUCUCCACGGAGAACCACCUCGAGGACGAGCUCAAGCGGGGCUUUGCCGGGGAUCGACGCCGUAGCGUCGCGAAGGUCGCUUCUCCGAUCUGGGAGCUGUUUCUCGUCUCUCUCUACUUGAUUAAAUAUGCUAGUUGUAAAGUUGCAUUUUGUUUUUCUUUAAUUUUUGUUAAAGAUUUGUUAUUUUGUACUGUAUGACGUUAGUCUUUCUUCAUCAGUGGAUUAAUAAAAUGGUAAAUGACCAAAGCACAUUUUAUGUGA